AUGGCAUUAGCAGCAUCCCUCAACGCGGCUGACAUCACUGCAGCCCUUGCAGCCUGCCAAGCUGCAGACUCUUUCAAGCACAAGGACUUCUUUGGUAAGGUUGGCCUGUCCGCCAAGAGCGCCGAUGACAUCAAGAAUGCCUUCAAAGUCAUUGACCAGGACAAGAGUGGAUUCAUUGAGGAGGAGGAGCUGAAGCUGUUCCUGCAGAACUUCUCCGCCUCUGCCAGAGCUCUGACCGACGGUGAGACCAAAGCCUUCCUCAAGGCUGGUGACGUUGAUGGUGACGGCAUGAUCGGCAUGGAUGAGUUCGCCGCCAUGGUCAAGAGCUAA